AAAAAAUGUUUUUUUUUUAUACAAGUGACGAAAUACUAUGCAUAAAUAAGCAGAUCUUACUACAUCUACAUGUAACUAAUUCAGGUUCUCUCGCAAUCGGAUAUUAUAUUCAUCUUGGCUCCUAAAUUUAUUUAUUUUAAACUAAUAUACAUAGGUCUAGUAGCCUCUAAAUUAUGGGGAAAAACAUUAAGAUUUGUACUAAAAUUAAAGCUUCCAAAAUUUCAGGUAAAUGGACAUCAUCAGGUAAAACGUAUUUUCCAGAUUUUGAACUCGGGAUCUUGCAUAAAAGAACUAAUCCGUGUUACACUUACACAUGACAAAUAUGAGAUGAACUCGAUGCUAACCUGUAUCGCAGUGUACAUAUAUGGGCCUGUAUCAUAAUUGGGCUUGAUAACGAAAGUCCUUCAAGUAAAGGUCCAAGUAGAAACUGUUGUAAAAAGUCGAGUUGCAACAUUGAUCUAGGCACGAUGGAUGAUGAUCAAGACAACCGCGCACAAUGAAGCACGAUUGUACACGUGGACGGUCGGUGUUUGAUCAGAGACCAAGCUUAAAAAUCGACCGUCCGUGUCCUCACACCCCACAGAACUCAAAAACGGUGAAAGCUUUCAUUGAAUGUGACGUUAAUCAGAUCUAUCAUUCGAUCAUCCAAAUACUCAUUGAAAAAUGGCAGACACCAAACCCGGGUUGAGAAAGCCAGAAUUCACUAAGGUUGAUCAGCUGCGUCCGGGAACUAGUGGACACAAUGUCACCGUGAAGAUCGUUAGCACCAAGAUGGUGUUGCAGAAAGGUCGUUCAGAUGGUCCUCAGGCUCGCCAGAUGCGGAUUUCUGAAUGUAUCGUUGGUGACGAGACCGGAAUUGUCGUCUUCACCGCAAGGAAUGACCAAGUGGACUUGAUGAAAGAAGGAACCACUGUAACUCUACGCAAUGCAAAAAUCGACAUGUAUAAAGGAUCAAUGAGGCUAGCUGUAGACAAGUGGGGUCGCGUUGAAGUCACAGAGCCUGCGAGCUUCAAAGUUAAAGAAGACACCAACAUGUCCCUUGUUGAGUAUGAAGUCGUCAAUGUUGUCGAAUGAGUAACAAAACUCUCAAAAUACUUUUAUUUUCGAAACCGAUGAUCAAUAAUAAUUAAAGAGUUACCAUU